GGGAGGGAAUGAUUUGUUUUCUUUGAUUGAACCAAAAUAAUUAGCCCGCCUGACUCGGUGUCUUGGCCUCUGCCUCUCUAUGGAGGAAAAAUAGACCAAGAAAACUUCUACCGCACAGCAGCAAAGACACACGGGAAAGCGAUAAAGUUGGUAAACUUUUAACAACGACUUCCGAAGUGCCUGUUUCAUAUGCACGAGUUUUUUGGUGAAAAGGAACCUGGUGAGGGAGGUCCAGAGACAGCUGAAAACAAAAUCGGCGAGAAACUGCUUUAAUACUAGAAGUAGCUUGGAGAAGCUGAGCAGCUGUUCGCUCAGACAUUCAGUUGCAAGCUACCCAAAUCCCAGGCAAUUGCUUUCUCCUUCGAGUUUGAAGGCACUAGAAGACUUUUAAUGCCCUCCGCCCCCAACUCUCCCAAUCUCCAAAUGAUCGAUUUUUAGUGGUCAGAAUAACAUCCUAAAAUUGUAGGACCGACGAAGCUGCCCCGUCCAGCCCGUUUCUACAGAGAACAGACAGCUUGGCACCAUGCCUUGCCCAGGUGCGCGUUGGGGUUAGAUAAGAACUGCGCCUCGGGCGACGUUCGGCAGCCAUUCUUCUCUUCCCGGUGCACCUGCUGAGCGGCUAGCAGCCAGUCCGGGAUCCCGGCCACCUCCCCACCACCCGGCACCUGGGACCAGCCGGCCGGACCCCUAGGCGGGCGCGGCGGGGCGCGCGGGCAUAGCGCAGGCAAUCACAUGGAGGCCCGGGCCCGCCCCAUUGGCUGCGACCCGGCCAGUCGCGGCGCUCGCAGACUGCGGUUGGUCCCAGAGCUGCGGCGCCUGCACGGGCCCGGAGUCCAUGUUACGCUUUGUCUAAUUCCCCUCGUUACAGAGUCAUGUGCUGCUGCUCCCGCCGCCGCCGCUGCCGCCGCCCGGGGUGCCCCGGCUCCUCCGCCGCGCUUCGAGGUGGCAGCCGCGGGCGGGGCCGCGGGCUCAGGGUCCAGGGCGCCGCGCGCCUCCGGGGCGCGUCCCGGUGCAGCCGCCGCCCGCCGCAGGUGAUGCCGCCGCCUCCCGCCUCCGCCUAAGCUCCGGCGCGCGCGGCCAGGGCUGCCCGCGAAGCCGUCUGCAGUGAAGGAGAGCUGCUUCGGGUCGAGGGGAGGAGAGGAAGUGCACUGCUGACUGUAACGUGCUGCUGGCUCCCAGGAUGGAGGAGUGAAGUCUCGCGUCGCAGCGGUUCCAGCCUCCGGAGCCCGCCCGUCAGCAGCCAAGUCCUCGAGAGCACCCUGAGGGAGCAGGGUGGCCACCUGGUCCAGGAAUGUUUACCCUCGCAGAAGUUGCUUCCCUUAAUGACAUCCAGCCAACGUACCGGAUCCUGAAGCCAUGGUGGGACGUGUUUAUGGAUUACUUAGCGGUUAUUAUGCUGAUGGUAGCCAUCUUUGCAGGGACCAUGCAACUUACCAAAGAUCAGGUGGUCUGUUUGCCAGUGUUGCCGUCCCCUGCAAAUUCAAAGGCGCACGCACCACCCGCAACUGCUGAAGCCACCACCGAAGUCCCGAAGAUGGAAACAGCCACUGCGCCUCGAGACCAAACCGGGCGGACAACAGAUGACAUUUCCUUCAGCACAUCUGCCGUGACGCCUGAAGUACCUCUCCAAGCCACUCAUCCUCACGCAGAGUCCACCUUUCCAAAUCAGGAGCCGAAGGAGAAGAGAGACCCGACAGGCCGCAAGACCAACCUGGAUUUUCAGCAGUAUGUCUUUAUCAAUCAAAUGUGUUACCACCUGGCCCUUCCUUGGUAUUCCAAGUACUUUCCAUACCUCGCUCUCAUACACACCAUCAUCCUCAUGGUCAGUAGCAACUUUUGGUUCAAAUAUCCUAAGACGUGCUCCAAGGUGGAGCAUUUUGUUUCAAUAUUAGGAAAGUGUUUCGAAUCUCCCUGGACGACGAAAGCGCUGUCCGAGACGGCCUGUGAGGACUCUGAGGAAAACAAGCAGAGGAUCACAGGUGCCCAGACCCUACCAAAGCAUGUGUCCACCAGCAGUGACGAGGGGAGCCCCAGCGCCAGCACCCCCAUGAUCAACAAAACUGGCUUCAAGUUCUCAGCGGAGAAGCCGGUGAUUGAAGUGCCCAGCAUGACCAUCCUGGACAAGAAGGACGGAGAACAGGCCAAAGCCCUGUUCGAGAAAGUGAGGAAAUUCCGUGCCCACGUAGAAGACAGUGACUUGAUCUAUAAGCUCUAUGUGGUCCAAACCCUUAUCAAAACUGCCAAGUUCAUUUUUAUUCUUUGCUAUACCGCAAACUUUGUCAACGCCAUCAGCUUCGAGCAUGUCUGCAAGCCGAAAGUCGAGCACCUGACGGGCUACGAGGUGUUUGAGUGCACCCACAACAUGGCCUACAUGCUGAAGAAGCUUCUUAUCAGCUACAUCUCCAUCAUUUGUGUCUAUGGCUUCAUCUGCCUCUACACUCUCUUCUGGUUAUUCAGGAUCCCCCUGAAGGAAUAUUCUUUUGAGAAAGUCCGAGAAGAGAGCAGCUUCAGCGACAUCCCAGAUGUCAAGAACGACUUUGCUUUCCUUCUGCACAUGGUCGACCAGUAUGACCAACUGUACUCCAAGCGCUUUGGCGUGUUCCUGUCGGAGGUCAGCGAGAACAAGCUGAGGGAAAUUAGUCUGAACCACGAAUGGACUUUUGAGAAACUCAGGCAGCAUGUAUCUCGCAAUGCCCAGGACAAGCAGGAGCUGCACCUGUUCAUGCUAUCCGGGGUGCCCGACGCUGUCUUUGACCUCACAGACCUGGAUGUGCUGAAACUCGAACUCAUUCCAGAGGCGAAAAUUCCCGCCAAGAUCUCUCAGAUGACCAACCUCCAGGAGCUCCACCUCUGCCACUGCCCUGCCAAGGUUGAACAGACCGCUUUUAGCUUCCUUCGAGAUCACUUGAGGUGCCUUCACGUGAAGUUCACUGAUGUGGCUGAAAUUCCCGCCUGGGUGUAUUUGCUCAAAAACCUUCGGGAGUUGUAUCUGAUAGGUAAUUUGAACUCAGAAAACAAUAAGAUGAUCGGACUAGAAUCUCUGCGGGAGUUGCGGCACCUUAAGGUCCUUCACGUGAAGAGCAAUCUGACCAAAGUCCCCUCCAACAUCACGGAUGUGGCCCCGCACCUCACGAAGCUGGUCAUUCACAACGACGGCACCAAGCUCUUGGUCCUGAACAGCCUGAAGAAGAUGAUGAACGUCGCCGAGCUGGAGCUGCAGAGCUGCGAGCUAGAGAGGAUCCCGCACGCCAUCUUCAGCCUCUCCAACCUACAGGAACUGGACCUGAAGUCCAAUAACAUUCGCACCAUCGAGGAGAUCAUCAGCUUCCAGCACCUGAAGCGGCUGACUUGCUUGAAACUGUGGCACAAUAAAAUCGUGACGAUUCCGCCCUCCAUCACCCACGUCAAGAACCUGGAGUCCCUCUACUUCUCCAACAACAAGCUCGAGUCCCUUCCAGUGGCGGUGUUCAGUUUACAGAAACUCAGAUGCCUAGACGUCAGCUACAACAACAUUUCCGCCAUCCCCAUUGAGAUCGGCUUGCUGCAGAACCUGCAGCACUUGCACAUCACGGGGAACAAGGUGGACGUUCUGCCCAAACAGUUGUUCAAAUGCGUGAAGUUGAGGACUUUGAACCUGGGGCAGAACUGUAUCGCCUCCCUCCCCGAGAAAAUCAGUCAGCUCUCCCAGCUCACCCAGUUGGAGCUGAAGGGGAACUGCCUGGACCGCCUGCCAGCCCAGCUGGGCCAGUGUCGGAUGCUCAAGAAAAGAGGGCUUGUUGUGGAAGACCAACUGUUUGACACGCUCCCCCUGGAAGUCAGAGAGGCUUUGGAUCAAGACGUCAACGUCCCCUUUGCAAAUGGGAUUUAACUAAGGAACGCGGGCACACCCGCCCACGUGCUAGGACAACUUCCUGGACUGCAGACGCUCAAGUGCAAGUUAUUACAAGAUAACGCAUUUUAGGAGUAGAGCCGCCCUUCAGACAAAACACGGCGGGUGCACACAGGCGGGGAGCAGACUAAACCGAAUGUUCAAUGUUUGUAGUGUUUUAAGUCAUUCAUUUCCAGAUCUUUUUUUUUCCUUUUUGUUUUUGAUUUUUUUUUCUUUCUUUCUUUGGCUUUGUUUUUCUUCUUCUGGGGAAAGGGAAGGAAAAAUUAUAAUCACUGAUCUCGGUUCUUUUUAAAUUGUAAGUCGGAUGCGGCUGCUGGCUGAAUGUUUACACAUCGCUUGCCUGCUAAAGUAAAUGAUUAAAUUGAGUUUCUUCUUACUACACUGCCUUUUUUGAGGUGUCGUGAUUUUUUUUUUUUUUUGUGCUUAACUGGUGCAAUGUCACUUAACCUUGGAUUACUGAAGACACAAGGGGCCAGAAUCAUAAGUUUAGAUUUGCUAAAAUAUUGACUUCUUUAGAGUUUUAAUUUAAAGCAAGCAAACCGUGCGCUUUGGAGCAUUUGGUACUUCUGAGACCGCCACACCAGACCGCGCAGCCUUCCUGGCCUGUGGAGUGUCAGGGCUCUGUGAUGGUUUCUUAAGGACAGAUACCAAAAGUGAAAUAAUCCAUCCUUAAGUGGUCACUGUAUGCCCAUGGGCUGGAGCUUCGGUUAUUUAUGGUACACUUCUGUGCCA